AUGAAGACUACCUCUUUUUUCGUACCCCUCUUUGCAGCGGCCUAUGUUUCUGCCCAUGGGUUCCUGAACCAGAUCAGCAUCAACGGAAAGGUGUUCACCGGCAAUGUUCCGAGUGGCAAGACCAACCCUAGUGUUAUCCGCCAAAUUACCACCCAGGACCCAAUCAAGGGCGCGACUAACCCUGCUGUCACCUGCGGAACUGGUUCGACGCCUGGCUCUCUCAUCGCCGACGCCAACCCCGGAGACACCGUCAGCUUCGACUGGCGCACUGCCAGCCUCGGAAAGUGGCCUCACAACACUGGACCCAUGCUGACCUACAUGGCCAACUGUGGACAAACGACGUGCGACAAGUUUGACAUCUCACAGGCCAAAUGGUUCAAGAUCGAUCAAGUCGGCAGGAAGCCUGGUAGCUCUGACUGGGCACAGGUUGAUCUUUUCAACGGACAAACUGUGUCGGUAAAUCUCCCCAAGACUCUCGCUCCAGGCAACUAUAUUCUCCGCCACGAGAUCAUCGCUCUGCAUCUUGCGACUUCGAAGGGAGGAGCCGAGUUCUACGAAGGUUGCUCUCAGCUUCGUGUAGGGGGAAGCCAGACAGGCGCGCCUGCCGCCGGCGACCUCGUCAGCCUUCCGGGCGCUUACUCCGACAGCGACCCUGGUAUCUUCGACCCCAGCGUCUUCGAUCCCUCUGCCAAGUACAUCUUCCCUGGCCCCCCUGUCGCCUCGUUCGUCUCUGGAACUGCUACCACAGGAUCUGGCUCUGGCUCCGGUUCUGGAUCUGGUACCCCCACUACCAACUCCCCGCCCAAGGCAUCCAGCACCAAGGCCUCUUCUUGCAAGAUCAAGAAGCGCCCUGCUGCCUCACCCGCCGCCGAGAUCGUUCGCCCUCGUCACAUCAGCCGAGUGAUGCGCAGACUCGCCUUCGACAACAGCAUGCACUAA